ACGAGAUUCCUCGUGAGGGUCUCAUUGGAAUAUUAGCUUCACUUAUGGUGGAACACGCAAUCUGGAUUUUACAGCAGGGUGACGUGCUGUGACGGGAUAACACAAUGUCACGUCGUGUAGCACCAGAGGAUGUUGGUGAUUCCUCUCCAAGGGGAGGAAGUCCUACCUUAAUAUUGGUUACACCAACUGUGCAGUUCCAUGGGGAUCCGGUUCCUUCAAUAAACCUAAACGAUCCAGUCCCAGAUAAACCGGUAUAUAGUUUGGGAAGACUGUCCCCUGUCGAAACCCCAGAUGAUCGAGUUUUUACCAAGCGGUCACCGCGAGGGCUCUUUUCUGUAGCAGGUGAAACAUCUUCUCCACUGCCUGAUGUAGAGAGACCGUCUUCAUCGGCCGAUAUAUAUCCUGUUCCGUCGACCAGUUCCAACCGGCGGAAUUCUGAUGAUGCACCAGUCAAUGUUCCUGACACAAAAAGUACAGCAAAAUGGUCCACGGGAAAGGUUGCUGGGAUCGUAAUCGGGAUUAUUUUAGCAGUAUUAGCCGUCUGUGGAGUAAUAGCCGGUGUAUUGGUCGUGCUCAACAGCGGAGAAGAAACGGCUACUGUCUCACCGACCGAUCCGGUUUUUAUUGAAGAGGUGGUGGUGUCGAGCAUCAACGUCUCAGGUUCAUUGUCAUUUGGUGACAAAGUCUUCACGGAAGCUUUCAACGACUCAUCAUCAGUGGACUAUAUCGAACUAGAAACCAAUUUUACCUCUACUAUGGAUCUAACUUUUAUGAGUGGAGAAUACUCCGAUGUCUACAACGGGACGGUUGUAACUGGUUUUAGUGCGGGCAGUAUUAUCGUCAACUUCUACGUGAUACUCCUAGAUAUCUCAGACUAUAUAGUUGAAGACACUCAAACGAGCUCGGGCAGCGCUGUCGAGGAAACAGAUUCUUAUAUUGCCUUCAUAGCACAGAUUGAAACUACAGCUCUUCAAAUUGUGACUACGGUAUUGGAAGGUGCUACGUCAGAUAAUUCGACAAGUAUCCUGGUAGCGAUUGGAGUAUCUGAAGGUUCUGCAAUUGUUACGGAAGUGUCGGUUGAUGCUGAAAUAGUAACCGUAGCACCACCGGCUAGCACCCCAACUCCUGAACCUACAACAACAACAACCCCUACACCAACUACCACGUUGCCGACCACCGAAUUACCAACCUCCACCACACCAACCACCGUACCGACAUCAACGGACGCACCGACUACUGAAACUGAGACAUCAUCCGUUGCAUCAACAGAUGGCUCGACCCCAGGUGGUCAAACGACCACAGACGCUAUGGCAGCAGUCGACGAGAAUGAAACUACCACGAUAUAUGACGAAGUUCCAACUAACGAAGUUAGUGUGUUCGGGCAUGGUGAAUCUUUGACCAUCGUAUCACCAAACUACCCAGACAACUAUUCAAACCAUGAAAGCGUUCAAUGGCUCGUUUCUGGACCAGAAGAAUACCAGAUUGUGGCCAAGUUCCAUACAUUCAAUCUUGAAUCCGGCUAUGACUUCUUGACAAUCGGUUCGGGUCUGGAUGCGUCCGACCGACCAUCACAGUUGAUGCAACUUACUGGUUCUGCUCUUCCUGAUGACGUAGUUUCCAUCAAUAACGGGAUGUGGCUAAACUUUACUUCUGACUAUUCUGUCAUGGGAGAAGGGUUUUGGAUUGAGAUCACGGUCUUUGGAGAGAACGACACAGAUACUGGAGCAUGUAACUUCACGUGCGGUGAUGGAAUCUGUCUUGAUUCCGAUGACGUAUGCAAUGGAGAGAAUGAUUGCUCGGACUUCUCUGACGAAGAUCUGUGUCCCCAAUGUACUGAUCUCCGUUUUUCAACCUGUGAAGAAGUGCUAUCCUACAACCGGACUUACUUCCCGAACCCAACAGCCCAAGACCGCGAUAGUGCAAUCAGUUUAAUAGAAAAUACAAGCAUUUUGGAAGAAUGUCAUGAAGACUUUCUGCUUCUCUUCUGCGGUAUGCUUUUUGCGGACUGCCCCCACGGAGGUCCGUCUCGACGCCCCUGCAAGGCUCUUUGUGAGGAAGUCACCGAUGCCUGUCGAGAAUCAUACUUAGCAUUGGUGGACGCUAAAUGGCCAAUUGAUUGUAGACAUCUGAGUAAUGAGGGCAAUUUGGAGGAAUCCUACUGUAUUGGAGGAGAGGGCGAUCUUACGGGUAACUCCAUAUGCGGUACUCGCCCAGCUGUCGAUGACUACCACUCUAGAAUAGUGGGAGGAGUCAAUGCUGAUCUAGGGGAAUUCCCUUGGAUCGCUGCUGUUCAGAUGGGAGGCUAUUUCUGCGGCGGUACUUUGAUAAACAACCAAUGGGUCCUGACUGCAGCUCACUGCGCAGAUGGAGGGGAAGGUAGUGGAGAUGGAAUGGAGCCAAGUGAUUUCACCAUAACUCUUGGCAUUCGUCAUCUGCUCGAACAUCCUGAGUCUAAAGUGGAGUUGGGGGUUGACCGAGUGAUCGUGCAUCCAAAUUACGGUGAAGCCAAUGGCAUAGCGAACGAUAUCGCACUGCUCCGUCUUUCGGAACCAGUCGAAUUCAACGAUUACGUAAGACCAGCUUGCUUGGCUACUCUACAAAAUGAGACUAUGGCAUACAGCCGAUGUUGGAUCGCAGGAUGGGGAUCCUUGUUUUCCGGAGGUUAUCUAUCAAAUGAUCUUCAGAAGGCAUUCGUUCAUCUUAUCGAUCACGACGUAUGUGACCAAAUGUACACUGACUACAAUAUCAUAGAAGAAGCAGAGAUUUGUGCCGGUUAUAUUCGUGGCGGAGUAGAUUCAUGUCAGGGUGACAGCGGAGGACCACUAACUUGUGAGGGUGCUGAUGGUCGCUGGCAUCUUGUAGGAUCUACUAGUUGGGGUGUGGGCUGCGCCGAGCCCCGUUACCCAGGCGUUUACGCAAGGAUUUCACAAUAUACUCGCUGGAUUGAGGAUACCAUGGGAUAUGUUGAUAAUGAAGACGACUUUGAAGUUACUAGUAGUGCUUUUGGUGCUGGUGAAUCGGUGACGAUUGUUUCAUCCAAUUAUCCAGACGACUACAUGAAUCAUGCGAGAAUGGAAUGGCUGAUUUCUGGACCAGAAGAUUCGCAGAUAGUUGCCAUUUUUCAUUCAUUUGAGCUGGAAUCCGGCUAUGAUUUCUUGACAAUUGGCUCUGGUCUGAACUCGAGUGACCAUGCAUCGCAUUUGGUAACGCUUACGGGUUCUGUACUUCCAGAGGACGUUGUUUCCACCAACAAUGAAAUGUGGCUGAAUUACACUUCAGAUUACUCGGUGACAAGGAAAGGAUUUUGGAUAGAGAUAAUGGUCUUUGAAAUGCCUAACACUACAGACGAAGUUCCAACUAACGAAGUUAGUGUGUUCGGGCAUGGUGAAUCUUUGACCGUCGUCUCACCAAACUACCCAGACAAUUAUCCGAACCAUGCCAACGUUCAGUGGCUCGUUUCAGGACCAGAAGACUACCGGGCUGUGGCCAAAUUUCACACGUUUGAUCUUGAGUCCGGCUAUGACUUCCUGCGAAUUGGUUCUGGUCUUAACGCGAGUGACCUGACCUCACAGUUGGGGCAUUUGUCAGGUUCUUCUCUUCCAGACGAAGUGGUUUCCAUCAACAAUGAGAUGUGGCUGAACUUUUCGUCCGACUCCUCUGUAAACAGGAAUGGGUUUUGGAUCGAGAUCACGGUUUUCGAGCCGGAAGAUGUGGUCAACGGCAGCGAAGUCAGCAUGUUUGGUUAUGGCGAAUCUCUAACGAUCGUUUCCCCUCGCUAUCCGGAUAACUAUCCCAACGAUGCAAACAUGCAGUGGGUGGUUUCAGGACCAGAUGGCUUCCAGAUUUUGGCAAGCUUUCAAGCUUUUGAUCUGGAAUCCGGCUAUGACACCCUUACAAUCGGUUCUGGUUUGGAUCCCGAGGUUGUAUCAUCGCAGUUAGUGAAACUGUCGGGUUACUUAUUGCCUGAUGACGUCAUUUCUCUUAACAAUGAAUUGUGGCUCGACUUCGUCUCCGAUCAUUCAGUGGGAAGGACAGGAUUUUGGGUCGAAAUCAAGGUGUUUGAAAGAGAUAAUUCCACCAACGAAUGUGACUUCAUGUGCGGUGAUGGUACAACAUGUAUACAGUCUGUUGACGUUUGCAAUGGAGCACAUGAUUGCAUGGACUUCUCAGAUGAAGAUGUAUGCCCACAAUGUACUGAUUUCCGUUUCUCAACCUGCGAGGAAGUUCUAUCCUACGAUCGGACUUACUUCCCGAACCCAACAGCCGUAGACCGUGAUAGUGCAAUCAGUUUGAUUGAAGAAACAAGCAUUUUGGAAGAAUGCCAUGAAAAUUUCCUGCUUCUCUUCUGCAGUAUGCUUUUUGCGGACUGCCCCCACGGAGGUCCGUCUCGACGCCCCUGCAAGGCUCUUUGUGAGGAAGUCACCGAUGCCUGUCGAGGAUCUUACAAAGAAUUGAUUAACGAAGACUGGCCGAUUGAUUGCAGGCAAUUGAGUGAUGACGGAAAUAUUGAUCAGAGCUACUGCAUUGGUGGAGAGGGCGAUUUAACAGAUGAAUCCAUAUGCGGCACUCGUCCAGCUGUUGAUGACUACCACUCUAGAAUAGUUGGAGGAGUUAAGGCUGAUCUAGGGGAAUUCCCUUGGAUCGCUGCUGUUGAAAUGGGAGGCUAUUUCUGUGGCGGUACUUUGAUAAACAACCGAUGGGUCCUGACUGCAGCUCACUGCGCAGAUGGAGGGGAAGGGAGUGGAGAUGGAAUGGAGCCAAGUGAUUUCACCAUUACUCUGGGCAUUCGUCAUUUGCUCGAACAUCCUGAGUCUAAAGUGGAGCUGGCGGUUGACCGAGUGAUCGUGCAUCCAAAUUACGGUGAUGUCAAUGGCAUAGCAAAUGAUAUCGCACUUCUCCGUCUUUCGGAACCAGUCGACUUCAACGAUUACGUAAGACCAGCUUGUUUGGCUACUCUACAAAAUGAGACGAUGGCAUACAGCCGAUGUUGGAUCGCAGGAUGGGGAACUUUGUUCUCUGGAGGUUCCCUGUCGAACGAUCUCCAGAAAGCUUUGGUCCAUCUUAUAGACCACGACACAUGUCAUCAUCUCUACAGUGAGUACAACAUUGUAGAAGAAGCAGAGAUUUGUGCUGGAUACAUCGAAGGCGGAGUUGAUUCAUGUCAGGGUGACAGUGGAGGACCGCUUACUUGUGAGGGCGCUGAUGGUCGCUGGCAUCUAGUAGGAUCUACUAGUUGGGGUAUAGGGUGUGCUCGACCUAAUUACCCAGGAGUUUACGCCAGAAUCUCACAGUACUCAGGCUGGAUUCGGGAUACCAUGGGAAAAGAUGAUGAUGACGAUGACGUUGAAGUAAACGAGUUUGGCCUUGGCGAAUCUGUGAUGAUCGUUUCGCCCAACUUCCCUAGCAACUAUGCCAAUAACGCAAAGAUGGAAUGGCUUGUUUCUGGUCCAGAAGACUCUCGGAUAGUGGCCAAUUUUCACUCAUUUGAGCUGGAAUCCGACUAUGACUUCUUAUCAAUCGGUUGGGGUUUUGAUUCGAGCGACCAAACUUCGCUACUCGUGACACUCUCAGGUUCUAAUCUUCCUGAGGAUGUGGUUUCCAUCAGCAAUGAGAUGUGGCUUACUUUUACUUCAGACAACUCAGUGACAAAACAAGGAUUUUCAGUACAGAUCUCAGCUUUUAACAUUACAGAUGAUGUCCCUACCAACGAGGUCAGUUUCUUCGGACUCGGUGAAGCUUUGACCAUAAUAUCACCAAACUACCCAGACAACUAUCCGAACCAUGCGAGUGUCCAGUGGCUCGUUUCAGGACCAGAAGACUACCGGGCUGUGGCCAAGUUUCACACGUUUGAUCUUGAGUCCGGCUAUGAUUACCUGCGAAUUGGUUCUGGUCUUAACGCGGGUGACCUGACCUCACAGUUGGUGCAGUUGUCAGGUUAUUCUCUUCCAGACGAAGUGGUUUCCAUCAACAAUGAGAUGUGGCUGAACUUUACUUCCGACUACUCCGUCUCAAGAGAUGGAUUCUGGAUUGAGAUCAUGGUCUUCAAGCAAGAAAAUAUAACUGAUCUGGUCAAUGGCACAGAGGUCAGCGUGUUUACUUACGGUGAAUCUUUGUCCAUUGUUUCACCUAACUAUCCGGAUAUUUAUCCCAACGACGCAAACAUGAAAUGGCUCGUUUCGGGACCAGCUAAAUAUCGGAUUGUGGCAAACUUUCACGCAUUUGAUCUUGAAUCGGGCUAUGACUUCCUUAGAAUCGGUUCCGGCUUAGAUUUCCAGGCUCAGUCAUCGGAGUUGGUGAAUCUGGCCGGUUACUCGUUGCCUGAUGAUGUUAUUUCUACUAACAAUAAUAUGUGGUUGAUCUUCACAUCUGACUCCUCUGAAAGAAGGACUGGUUUUUGGAUUGAAAUCAAGGUGCUUGAAACCGAUAAUUCCACUGAUGAAUGUGACUUCAUGUGCGGUGAUGGUACCUGUCUGGAAUCUGAUGACGUAUGCGACGGAGAAAAUGAUUGUUCGGACUUCUCUGACGAAGAUUUAUGUCCCCAUUGUACUGAUCUCCGUUUCUCAACCUGCGAAGAAGUGCUAUCCUACGAUCGGACUUACUUCCCGAACCCAACAGCACAAGACCGUGAUAGUGCAAUCAGUUUGAUUGAAGAAACGAGCAUUUUGGAAGAAUGCCAUGAAGACUUUCUGCUCCUCUUCUGCAGUAUGCUUUUUGCGGACUGCCCCCACGGAGGUCCGUCUCGACGCCCCUGCAAGGCUCUUUGUGAGGAAGUCACCGAUGCCUGUCGAGAAUCUUACAAAGCAUUGAUGGACGAAGACUGGCCGAUUGAUUGUAGACAACUGAGUGAUGACGAAAAUCUUGAGGAAUCAUACUGUAUGGGUGGAGAAGGCGAUCUGACAGGGGAAUCCUUAUGCGGUACUCGCCCAGCUGUCGAUGACUACCACUCUAGAAUAGUGGGAGGAGUCAAUGCUGAUCUAGGGGAAUUCCCUUGGAUCGCUGCUGUUCAGAUGGGAGGCUAUUUCUGUGGCGGUACUUUGAUAAACAACCAGUGGGUCCUGACUGCAGCUCACUGCGCAGAUGGGAUGCAAGCUAGUGCUUUCACCAUAACCCUUGGCAUUCGUCAUCUGUCCGAUGGCGAUGAGCAUAAGGUGGUAAGAGAGGCUGACAGUGUCGUCAUGCAUCCGGAUUAUGGUGAUGUCAAUGGCAUAGCGAAUGAUAUCGCACUAGUCCGUCUUUCGGAACCAGUGGAGUUCAACGAUUACGUAAGACCAGCUUGCCUAGCUACGAUACAAAAUGAGACGAUGGCAUACAGCAGAUGUUGGAUCGCAGGAUGGGGUACUACGUUCUCUGGAGGUUCUAUUUCGAAUGAUCUUCAGAAAGCAUUGGUGAAUAUAAUCAGCCAUGACAUCUGUAAUGGCCUUUACAGCCAAUACGGUAUUGUAGAAGAAGCUGAGUUGUGUGCUGGAUACAUCGAAGGCGGAGUGGAUUCAUGCCAGGGUGACAGUGGAGGACCACUAACUUGUGAGGGUGCUGAUGGUCGCUGGCAUCUAGUGGGAUCCACUAGUUGGGGUAUAGGGUGUGCCCAGGCCAAUUACCCAGGCGUUUAUGCCAGGAUUUCGCACUUCACAGACUGGAUUAAAGACACCAUGGAGUUUGACGAUUCGUCUAUUACAGAUAAUGAUGAUGACGAAGAUGACACUGAAAUCAGUGUAUUCGGUAUGGGCGAAUUCCUGACAGUUGUUUCACCCAACUUUCCUAACAACUACACGAAUGAAGCUAGCAUGCAGUGGCUUGUCUCUGGACCACCAGACUCUCAGAUAGGGGCCACGUUUCACUCAUUUGAGCUGGAAUCCGGCUAUGACUUCUUAUCAAUCGGUUCGGGUCUUGAUUCAAGCGAUCAAACUUCGCUACUCGUGACGCUAUCGGGUUCUAAUCUUCCUGAGGAUGUGGUUUCCAUCAGCAAUGAAAUGUGGUUGAAUUUUGCCUCAGACAACUCAGUGACAAGACAAGGAUUUUCAAUACAGAUCUCAGUUGUUAACAUGACAGAUGACGCCCCUACCAACGAGGUCAGUUUCUUUGGACUCAGUGAAUCUUUGACCAUCGUAUCACCAAACUACCCUGACAAAUAUCCGAACCAUGCCAAUGUUCAGUGGCUCGUUUCAGGACCAGAAGACUAUCGGGCUGUGGCCAAGUUUCACACCUUUGAUCUUGAGUCCGGCUAUGACUACCUGCGAAUUGGUUCUGGUCUCAACGCGGGUGAUCUGACCUCACAGUUGGUGCAGUUGGCAGGUUCUUCUCUUCCAGACGAAGUGGUUUCCAUCAACAAUGAGAUGUGGCUGAACUUUACUUCCGACGACUCCGUCAGAAGAGAUGGAUUCUGGAUUGAGAUCAUGGUCUUCAGGCAGGAAAAUAUAACUGAUCUGUUCAAUGGCACCGAGGUCAGCAUGUUUACUUACGGUGAAUCUUUGACCAUUGUUUCACCUAACUAUCCGGAUAAUUAUCCCAACGACGCAAACAUGAAAUGGCUUGUUUCUGGACCAGAGAAAUACCGGAUUGUGGCAAAGUUUCACGCGUUUGAUCUUGAAUCUGACUAUGACUUCCUUAAAGUCGGUUCCGGUUUAGAUCCGCGGGUACAGUCAUCGGAGUUGGGGAAUCUUACCGGUUACUCGUUGCCUAAUGACGUUAUUUCUACUAACAAUCAUAUGUGGUUGAUAUUUACAUCUGACCAUUCUGAAAGAAGAACAGGCUUUUGGAUUGAAAUCAAGGUGUUUGAGACCGAUAAUUCCACUGAUGAAUGUGACUUCAUGUGCGGUGAUGGUACCUGUCUGGAAUCUGAUGACGUAUGCGACGGAGAAAAUGAUUGCUCGGAUUUCUCUGACGAAGAUUUAUGUCCCCAUUGUACUGAUCUCCGUUUCUCAACCUGCGAAGAAGUGCUAUCCUACGAUCGGACUUACUUCCCGAACCCAACAGCACAAGACCGUGAUAGUGCAAUCAGUUUGAUUGAAGAAACGAGCAUUUUGGAAGAAUGCCAUGAAGACUUUCUGCUCCUCUUCUGCAGUAUGCUUUUUGCGGACUGCCCCCACGGAGGUCCGUCUCGACGCCCCUGCAAGGCUCUUUGUGAGGAAGUCACCGAUGCCUGUCGAGAAUCUUACAAAGCAUUGAUGGACGAAAACUGGCCGAUUGAUUGUAGACAACUGAGUGAUGACGAAAAUCUUGAGGAAUCAUACUGUAUGGGUGGAGAAGGCGAUCUGACAGGGGAAUCCGUAUGCGGUACUCGCCCAGCUGUCGAUGACUACCACUCUAGAAUAGUGGGAGGAGUCAAUGCUGAUCUAGGGGAAUUCCCUUGGAUCGCUGCUGUUCAGAUGGGAGGUUAUUUCUGUGGCGGUACUUUGAUAAACAACCAGUGGGUCCUGACUGCAGCUCACUGCGCAGAUGGGAUGCAAGCUAGUGCUUUCACCGUUACCCUUGGCAUUCGUCAUCUGUCCGAUGGCGAUGAGCAUAAGGUGGUAAGAGAGGCUGACAGUGUCGUCAUGCAUCCGGAUUAUGGUGAUGUCAAUGGCAUAGCGAAUGAUAUCGCACUAGUCCGUCUUUCGGAACCAGUGGAGUUCAACGAUUACGUAAGACCAGCUUGCCUAGCUACGAUACAAAAUGAGACGAUGGCAUACAGCAGAUGUUGGAUCGCAGGAUGGGGUACUACGUUCUCUGGAGGUUCUAUUUCGAACGAUCUUCAGAAAGCAUUGGUGAAUAUAAUCAGCCAUGACAUCUGUAAUGGCCUUUACAGUGAAUACGGUAUUGUAGAAGAAGCUGAGUUGUGUGCUGGAUACAUCGAAGGCGGAGUGGAUUCAUGCCAGGGUGACAGUGGAGGACCACUAACUUGUGAGGGUGCUGAUGGUCGCUGGCAUCUAGUGGGAUCCACUAGUUGGGGUAUAGGGUGUGCCCAGGCCAAUAACCCAGGCGUUUAUGCCAGGAUUUCGCACUUCACAGACUGGAUCAAAGACACGAUGGAGUUUGACGAUUCGUCUAUUACAGAUAAUGAAGAUAAUUCCACUGAUGAAUGUGACUUCCUGUGCGGUGAUGAUACCUGUCUGGAAUCUGAUGAUGUAUGCAAUGGAGAGAAUGAUUGCUCGGACUUCUCUGACGAAGAUUUAUGUCCCCAUUGUACUGAUCUCCGUUUCUCAACUUGCGAAGAACUGCUAUCCUACAAUCGGACAUACUUCCCAAACCCAACAGCGCAAGACCGUGAUAGUGCAAUCAGUUUGAUUGAAGAAACAAGCAUUUUGGAAGAAUGCCAUGAAGACUUUCUGCUCCUCUUCUGCAGUAUGCUUUUUGCGGACUGCCCCCACGGAGGUCCGUCUCGACGCCCCUGCAAGGCUCUUUGUGAGGAAGUCACCGAUGCCUGUCGAGAAUCUUACAAAGCAUUGAUGGACGAAGACUUGCCGAUUGAUUGUAGACAACUGAGUGAUGACGAAAAUCUUGAGGAAUCAUACUGUAUUGGUGGAGAAGGCGAUCUGACAGGGGAAUCCUUAUGCGGUACUCGCCCAGCUGUCGAUGACUACCACUCUAGAAUAGUGGGAGGAGUCAAUGCUGAACUAGGGGAAUUCCCUUGGAUCGCUUCUGUUCAGAUGGGAGGCUAUUUCUGUGGCGGUACUUUGAUAAACAACCAAUGGGUCCUGACUGCAGCUCACUGCGCAGAUGGGAUGGAAGCUAGUGAUUUCACCGUUACCCUUGGCAUUCGUCAUCUGUCAGAUAGCCAUGAGCAUAAGGUGGUAAGAGAGGCUGACAGCGUCGUCAUGCAUCCGGAUUACGGUGAUAUCAAUGGCAUAGCGAAUGAUAUCGCACUAGUCCAUCUUUCGGAACCAGUGGAAUUCAACGAUUACGUAAGACCAGCUUGCCUAGCUACGAUACAAAAUGAGACGAUGGCAUACAGCAGAUGUUGGAUCGCAGGAUGGGGUACUACGUCUUCUGGAGGUUUUAUUUCGAAUGAUCUUCAGAAAGCAUUGGUGAAUAUAAUCAGCCAUGACAUCUGUAAUGGCCUUUACGGUGAAUACGGUAUUGUAGAAGAAGCUGAGUUGUGUGCUGGAUACAUCGAAGGCGGAGUAGAUUCUUGUCAGGGUGACAGUGGAGGACCGCUUACUUGUGAGGGUGCCGAUGGUCGCUGGCAUCUGGUAGGAUCUACCAGUUGGGGUAUAGGGUGUGCCCAGGCCAAUUACCCGGGAGUAUAUGCCAGGAUUUCGAGGUACACUACCUGGAUUAAGGAUACCAUGGACAAUUUGGAAUAAGAUCCGAUUGUCUAUGACGGCUGAGGAAGGAAACUGAUGCUUACUGGAACGUUCACAACUUACGUUUUGUUUGCUAUUCGGAGCGCAACGUUAAACAUGUGUGACAAAUUUCUAUUUGCUUCCGAAAACGGAUUUGAUAAAAGCAGAAACUAGCAUGUUCUAAUUUUAUUUUUUCCGCCGAUCUAAAUUGAUGUGUGUGUGAGAAAAUUCUAAAUUUGUAUAUAUUUGCUAUAUACCUGCUUUUACGUCAGUAUUUAAAAAGGCUUAAAUUAAGUUUGACUGCAAUUCUGAUUUUUUAAAGAUGUAAAUCCAUUGUAUUUGUGUGGUCUUGAAAUGUAAUACUUCGUUUAUUCACACCAAUACCACUCUUCAUUAAAAUUUUAAAGCCCUUUAAGAAUUUAACAAUUCUCCGGCAGGGCGUUUUGAUUUGAAGUUCAAUUUUGUCAAAAUGAAUAAGAAAAUCAUUAUUUAAAAAGUCAGAGUUAAUGUUUAGUACAAAUAAAAGCAAUUUUUCAAUAUGGAUAUUUUGAUAUUUUUUUUGUUUUGCAUGAUUAGUAUGUACAUAAUCCGUAACGUACAAUUUUGUUAGUUGCUACCGAUUUUUAUAUUGUUAUCAAAGUCAAUAUUACGACAGGACCAAUAUAUGGAACAAUUACAUUUUAAAUUGAAAAUAGAGCACUAUGAACAUGAAACGUUUUUAAACGAUAGCUAUAGUUUGGUACCUCUCAAAAUGUGAUCAUAAUAUUAACAACAAUUUUGUAUUCCUAAUGAUGACAUAAAUUUUGCAAAUGCCCAAUUAUAUCACUAUAAACACUUCGUACCGUGAGUGAACAUUUUUUUUUUUUGAUGUGAUGUUUUUCUUUGAUUUGAAUUUUAAUUGCGUGACAAUCAUCAUUUUCUUCCUAGUGUGUUUAAAACACUUUUCGAAAGAGAUUUGUAGUGGGGAUUUCUUUCGAAUUAAUCAGAUUUUAUAUUUUCGUAUUCGAAAUAAGUUUAGACCUCACGACAGGCGUCAGGCAGCUGACUUUUAAACAGCUGUAAUUUUAAGAUCGUAAAACUUUGCUGCAAGACGGCAAAUUAAUUAUAUGUAUUCCCGGACUUCUAUAUAUGUAUUAGAUUUUUCAGAUUCAUACAUACUGGUAAACGAUUGUAAUUUGAAUGAACAAUUCCUAGAACCACAUUUUUGGAUAUAUAUGAAACAACAACUGUUUAACUGCUAGUGCUACAUAUAUUUAUCCCGUAUUUCAAUGAUAAAAUGUUACAAUAAUAAUAAUAAUAAUAACAAUAACAAUAACAACGAGGGUAGCCUCAUCAGUUUUCAUACUGUUCUCCCUGAAGGCCUUGCACUCAAAUGAUUACCCCGGCUUGAGCCGAGCUGCCGUGAAAAGGUGCUCAAGCAUUCAAAUAAUUUCUUCCUACGGGGUACUCAAGCCGCUGCUAGACUCGAACCGCGAAUCAUGAAAUCCACAGUCCGGUUACGUGUCCCCUAGACCACAACAACUCUUGUUAUUCUUAAAUAAACACAAAAUUCAUCCGUAUGGAUUUGUAUAUCAACCCCUCUUCUGAUCAGCUUAAAAUCCAAUACAGAACGGUUAUGUAUGAAAACUAAGAAUUGACCUCUGUGUACAUUGAUAAAGUUUGAUAAUAAGUUAAUAUUGACAAUAUUACUGAGUAGAAGAUCCAAAUUAUGUAUGACUGUUCACUAAAAGUAGGAGACAAUAUUUAGAAAUGAGAAAAUAUGAAAAACAUGAAUUAAACGGGAUGUUCAGAAUAUCACUGGAUUUUAAAGAAGACAAUCAUUGCACAUGUUGAAUCAUCUGUCGUAUUUCUAUUUUCUGUAAUAAAGUGUGUGAUUUUAAUUCUACGA